AUGCAUCUUUCUCAGACUGUUGGGCGCGCAGCUGCGCUCCUGGGCCUCGCCAGGAGACAGUUCCUCGUCGACUCGUCCGCGUUCCAGGAUCCGGAGACCGGCUUGAGCUUCGCCUCGUACACCAGCGACCGCAACAUCACGUACCGCGUCGCCAUCCCUGACCCGAUUCCGACAAACACGACCUUCGACAUGGUGCUGCAGAUCGUGUCGCCAAACGAUGUCGGCUGGGCUGGAUGGGCUUGGGGAGGCCACAUGACAUACAACCCUCUCGCCGUGGCCUGGGCCAACGGGACCAACAAUGUCGUCGUGUCCUCACGCAUCGCCUCUGGCUACUUCAGCCCCCCGGCGGAUCCCGACGCCAAGUACACCAUCUUCAAGACAGGGACGCACCUGAACGCCACCCACUGGCAGGUCACGGCCAAGUGCACCGGCUGCUCGAGGUGGGGCGACGAGGACACCGGCUACACCGACUUCGAUCCAACGAACCAGCCCACCUUGGCCUAUGCCUAUUCCAACACGCCUGUUGACCACCCCGAGGAUGAGGCCUCGACUUUCAGCAUCCAUGACAGCCUGGGACACCCGGUGUAUGACCUGAGCGUGGCCAAGAAUGCCGACUUCGCCGCCAAGCUGGAAAGGCUGUAA